UAUGGGAAUGCAGGGUGCAGGGGGGCAAUAAGGAAUGCGGGGCCCGGGGAGACCAAUUUUAUGAAGGCGGGCCGGGGGAGAGCGAAAUAGUGAAUGCGGGGCCCGGGGAGACCGGAAAUGAAUGCGGGGGUGCGGGGGAGAGCAGAUAAUUGAAUGCGGGGUCCGGGGAGAACAGAAAAAAAAUGUAGGGCCGGGGAGACCAGAUAUAGUGAAUCAGGGGUCCGGGGAGAGCGGAUAUAGUGAAUGCAGGUCCGGGAGAGCGGAUAUAGUGAAUGCAGGGUUCCGGGGAGAGCGGAUAUAGUGAAUGCAGGGUCCGGGAGA